CUGGAUUAACAAAAUGCCAAAAGGAACGGCAACGGAGUUUGGGAUGGAAUGGAAAACCAGCUCUUGGUGUUUUUGUGCCAGAGUGCGAUACAAGCGGAAACUUUAAAGCUUCUCAAUGUCAAGAGGCAUCAGGGUUCUGCUGGUGCGUGGAUGCUGAAGGGAAUGAGAUUCCAAGAACCCGUGUUAGAGGACGGGCCAUUUGUAGGCCUUCAGGUAAGUUUCUCGCUUUGCGCAACUCGUGUCCUCUGACAUGCAAUAUCCCCGUUAACUCCUCGCUACUUAACAACCAACUUAUGGUUUCGCUUGUGGGCAAGGUACUUAUAUCCUUUUUUCUCAGCAUAGUGAAGGAUUGUUUGUAAAUGCUACAAUCAAGUAACUUGGAGUUUAAAAUCUGUCGAAUGUCUGGAUAAACUAAAAUGUUAGUACUUAGGAUUUCAUUAUCUUCCAGUGCCUAUGUUCACGUUAAUACUCAACCAACUUAACAGUCACUAGGUCCCCAUGUCAGAGAGAACGUCAAAGGUACCUGGGCUGGAAAGGCCAAGUGACAGGAUCCUAUCAACCAGUAUGUAGCGAUGAUGGGCGCUAUGAGCCUGUCCAGUGUAAUGCCACCCACUGUUGGUGCGUAGACACUCAUGGAUAUGAGCUCCCGGGAACACUGCGUUUGAGCUUGGGGAUCAAUCCACAGACCCCCGACUGCACCAAGACACCAGGUAUAACUUACAUAAUAAUGUGCUGAAAAGUAGCCUCACUAAGACCAUCUUCACAAUCUUGUGUGUUCUGCAUGUACUGACUUACCAUCCUUAUCCAAAUUAAAUUCAGACAUGGAAACUGCGCUUUAUCCUAAAUGUUUAAAUCUUAAUUCUGAUGUCCCAUGGCCCAACUCUGCGCAACCUUUCAUUUUCAGCACUUACUGACUUCUUUACUGACUUGCUUACUGACUUACCAUCAUUAUCCAAAUUAAAAAAGUCUAAGACAUGGAAACUGUUAGAACAAUGCAUCAUCCUAAAUGUUAUGUUUUUGUUUUGUCAUGUUCCUUGGUCCGUUUAAACCUCUUAAUUAACUUAAUUAUUGGUUUUUAGUCUACUCAGCUAACAUAACAACUUGUCAGAGAUGGAAAAGCCGUAUACUUGAUUUACCUGGUUUUCCAGUACCACCUGGUAUGUUUAUUCCUGACUGUGAACAAGAUGGCAGCUUUAGGUCAAUCCAAUGUUCUGGAAGUACGGGAUACUGUUGGUGCGUCACCAAAGAUGGAUUUAUGAUUUGGACAACCAGUACAAGAGGACGUCCCAGCUGCGAUAAGAAGGGUAGGUGUAUGUUUGGCGUCACAGUAAAGUAUAUUUUGGAAAAGAAAAACAUUUGCCACUGCGUUUAUGAAGCUUGUAGGCUAAAUAUCUUUGGUUCAUCAAGCUAUUCUUUGGUAAUAUAUAUGUCUAUAACUGAAAUACGACCUCGCCAAUAUCUUGCAUAGGGCCAACUAAAUGUGUUAAAGAACAACAGUUGGUAGAAGCACUUAAGAGUCAAAAUGGAAAUGGGAAAGACUUUACCCUUCUUUGCAAUCCCGCCGGUGGAUAUGAAAGAAUGCAGUGUGACGCCUCUAUUGGAGAAUGCUGGUGUGUUGACAAAAUGGGCAACGAGGAACCAGGAACUCGUGUCAGGGGUAACAAACAAUAUUGCGAUGCGCCAGGUAGGAUGGGUCAUUUACGUUGUUCAUAUAACCUAUCCGAAUCACGAAUCGUACAGAAUUUUUUCACACUUUGAUGAAUAAGUUUCAGUUAAUCAUAUUGUUCUUAAGAUUAAGGAUUGAAAUGUAUCGCGGUAUUUCGCGAUUUUCUAUUAAUCCUCUCUUCAAGACGACUAGAAGUGCAGAAUACUAAAUGUCGAUCGCGAUCUAAAGUUGAGGCAACUCUGAAGUUGUUAGUGAUUCUAUACAGUGGGAAAAACUAUCAAACGUUCAGUUAUCGUGAUGACGACGAUGAACAAAUACAUCUUCUAUAACAACUUUCAUUUGUUAUCAGCUAAUCUGUCCCCAUGCCUAAGGGAACUGAGGAGGGCUCUUGGUUACACCAAAGCGAUGAUCAAGGAACGCUUUAAGCCGCGCUGUAAGACUGAUGGAUCGUACGAGAAGAUGCAAUGUCUAAAAACUGGAGCGAGUAAAGAAACAUGUUGGUGUGUAGAUAAUGAUGGAAAAGAGAUAAUUGGUUCACGUGUCUUAGGCAAGGCAUACUGUGAUCCCGAUACAGGUAAGGAAAGUUUAACCAAGACUCGUUUUCUCUGCCCCAUAUCACUAGUUACAACCUAGAUAUCGGCUAAAUCCAGGACCUCAGAGAGAACCUGCUGAAUCUUUUUGUUAAGGAAAACUGACAUCUUUUCCCUAUUUCAGUGAUACCCACUAUGUGUCAGAAACAACGCCGGCUUGCCCUGGGAUGGGACAACAAACCAAAGGAUGGUGUCUUUGUGCCAGAUUGCGGUUCAGAAGGAGCCUACAAGCCAGUCCAAUGCUUGCGAUCAGAAGGCCCGUGCUGGUGCGUCAACGAAAAUGGGAUAGAAAUACCUGGAACACGAGCUGAAAAAGGGAAGCCGGCCGAUUGCUCAGGUAAAGAACUCUUUUGGUCAGGAGAUUUUUUGUUCUGUCGGAAGUGUUUUCCUAUUUUGUGUUCGUUUGUUUAUUUUUAGCUCGUUCAUACUGAAAGCAAUGAAUGAGGUAUCGUGUUGGAGCAGAUGUUGACGGAUGUUGUCGACCGUGGACAGAAGUUGUUUUCCGCCGACAGAAGUUGCAUUGUGGACCGUGAACGGAAGUAGUCUCGCAUGCUAAAGUCACGUUUUCGAACUUCUGAAAAUGCAACUUGAAUCGAGAAGCCGAAAUGUUCACACCUAGGGGACCCGCAGUGGGUUCAUUUCAAUACACGCUGUGACCACGCGAAAGAGCAAAGUGGUAGCCAUAUUAGUAAGCCGCGCAUUUGCGUUCGUCUUCAGUUGGUGUAAAGUAAUCAUUGCUCUAUCAUUGUACUUUCCCCCGUGAGCUUCUCAACAUGCAGUCCACAUAUCAAUCAUAGCGGCCAAGACAGUCUCACUAGAAUUUUUUUUUCGAGCUCGGUAUAUUUCGGUCCGGACUUGAGGCUCGCUCGGACAAAAACAGCAAUACCAAUCCGGUCAGUACAAAAUGCAGACUGCAGACUACUGACCGGGUACAAAAUGCAGACUAGGUACAAAAUGCAGACUGCAGACUAGAUACAAAAUGCAGACUGAGAAUUUAUACUGUUUUUUCUUCUGAUACGUGAUAACAUGUCAUCUUACAACUUACCGCGCGUCGCGCAAUCGCUUUUCCGCGAUCACCUUUCACGAUUAUUUGCUCUAUUGUGGAGUAUUUCUUGCCCGUUUCUUGAUAACAAUCAUUCUCAAUAUAAUUUCAAGCCUUGAUAUAGAUAUUGUUAAAUGGAAUUCAACAUAGUUAACGAUUAGGAGCAAAUCUGGUCUGUUGCGUUUGGCUAACGUAUUGUUAGCGUAUUAGCACUUUUGUAGCGUUUGCCUAGCGUUUGUGUGCGUUCUUUAGCGUUGUAGCAACGUGGUAGCUGUUGGUGGCCUGAGGCCGGCCGUGUCCAGUGGUUACCUUUGUCUGUGCAUGCGUUGGUUCUCCCAUGUGCUAUGGCCGCUUUACUAAAAACAGAAGAAAAGGAAUAUUUCACAAUAGUGCAAAUGAUCGUAAAAGAUGAGGGUUACCAAUAUUUUGCUGCUAGAGCAAUAUUUGAUGCCUGAUUAUGCCCAUCCGACCUCCAGCCCACACAACCUUUUUUCCAAUUCUCAUCACGACGAACGCACAAGUUUUCUUGUCCCACAACUACCCAAAAAUAAAAGAAAAUUUGUUCCAGAAGUUCUGAAAGUUCACAUAAACCGAAUUCAACUGUACCCAUAUUCAACAAGUCCAAGAAAUCGAUACAAACUUAAAUCAUAACAUGAAUGAGCUGGCUCUAAGAGGUGCUUUAAGUUAGGGGAAGGGCUAAAGCAACUAACCUAAACAGUAAUUGAUUGAUUAGGUGUUCGUCGACAGUGAAAUUCCUUUCAGCUCUAAAGUAAUAAAUGCAAGGGAGACGUUAUCAGAGACCUUACAAUUGAUUUGUAUUUCGGUUUUGUUUGGUCAACAGAGUUAGACUAUGGAGGAGCAAAAAAACCAACUCGCUGUCUCUUGGACAGAGCACGAUCACUGACACUAGAUGUCACUCCUUCAAAUGGCAACUACAUACCCAAGUGCAAAGAUGACGGAAGCUAUGAUCCAGUACAAUGUCACGUCGCCCUAAAUCAAUGCUGGUGUGUGGAUCGGUUUGGUAACGAGCUCCAUGGCACGAGACAAACUAGUGGAACGCCUGAUUGUAGCGACGUCGGUGAGUACAAUGUCCACCUACGAAUUGGAUGGUUUGGAACUUGAAGCAAAACAAAACUGCAAGCGCACACUACUAAAUCAAUGUCAAAAAGGGAAUAAAUCUUUUGUUACUAUGUGAAAAAGGCGGCCAAUGUGUUGCAAGUGCUGUUUUGUCUCUUAUCGAGAGAAACAGCGACUGCUCAUCAGAAGACAGUAUUGUUCAUUCGUAAUCUGCAGCUAUCGUGAUCUUACACGUCCAACUAUUUACGACUUAAAGUCAGAGUAAUGCAUAUCAUGACGUUUUGAAAUGUCAAGUGAAACCUAUCAGUGAUCACUGGCACCAAAUGACUUCUUGUAGAGAUAUUAAUCAGCUCUCUACGACUAAAAUCAUCCGUUCUGCUCUUAGAGGCCUCCAAUAUCCAACCGCCCUGCACCUGCUGGAAUAGGAUUUUCAGGAACUGGUUGUUGAACCAUUUGUUUACCUGAUUAUUUUCAGAGCUAUAUGAUUAUUAAUUUUUAACUCUAAUGUAGAUUCUAAGUUAACCCUGUGCCAGAGGAAAAGAAUGGAUAUCUUACAUAGUGUUAGUUCAUUUGGUCAUUAUGUGCCAACGUGCUCAAAGGACAAUUCGUACGAAAAUGUCCAGUGCCAUCCUUCGACUGGCUACUGUUGGUGUGUUGACCAGAACGGAAAUGAGUGGCGUGGAACAAGAGGAAAGGGAAGGCCUCUUUGUGAUCAUACCGGUAAGCUACUAGAUAUCAAAUAAAAUGCUACACUGUUCUCUAUCUUAAAUUCCCAUGCUUUUCAUCCCAGUGCCUAUGCACAGUAACAAAAUUAUAGGGAGAUGGAAAACGUGCCUUAACCUCCUUACAAAUACAAUCAUUAGAAUGUACAUGUUCCUAAAAGCAUUCUCUUGGUGUGAUGGGCUUGUGAAUGAUAGAUUUUUAUCCAUAAGCUGUAUAAGAAAAAAACUUACUUUUAUUGAAUAUGUUCUGGAAUGCCAAUUGAUGCCCUUCGUUUUUUCAGCUGGUUUGACGCCUUGUUUUAAGGAGCGUUACGACGCCUUUGGCUUAGAUAGAAUACCUCCUCCUGAUCGCUUCAUACCCAAAUGUACGCAGUUAGGAGAAUACAAAAGACUCCAAUGCAGCGGUUCAACUGGCUAUUGCUGGUGCGUAGAAAGAAACGGGAAAGAAAUAAGAGGAACACGGAAGAGAGGAAGUCCGCCUCACUGCCUCAAAGAUGGUAAGUCCUCAAUUACGAUCCCUUCAUUGACCUAUUUGAUAGGCUCGAUAUCUGUAUGGUUUUGCUACAUAAGUCUAAUUUUUCAUUUUCUUUAUUAACUUUGUGAUAUCUAUUUGAUAGGCCAACUACCUAGAUGUCUGCGUGAACGUCAGUUUGCCCUGGGCUGGCAUGAUGUUGUUGUCCCUGGACUGUUCAUCCCUGAAUGCACUACUGGCGGAAAAUAUGAACAAAUCCAGUGUAACCCCUCGUCUGGGUAUUGUUGGUGCAGUGACAGCGAGGGUCAUGCUUAUACUGAUACGAAAGUUCGUGGGAAACCUGACUGCUCCAAUUUACCAGGUAAGCAACGAACCUGCUUCACAAACGGUGGCCUUGGGGUUAGAGCUGGACUCUUAAUCAAGAGGUACUGGUCGGCGCCCUGAACAUGGUGCAAUAUGUAUUUUGGUGUGAGACAGUUUACCACAUCACCAUACCCUUUUCAACCAGGAGCACAUCUUGAUGCCAGGAAACCGUGUUGGAAACCUGAAAAUUCCUGGAGGCUACAUGCAAUAGACUCACAUUGCUUCCAGAAGGAGUCGCUUUUUCGUAGUCGCUUAGUGUUGUAGAUUCUAGUUAUGAACAUCGGUACACGUGGCUCUAAUAAGCUUGUUUUCGCCAGGUCGUUAGCAUUUUGAUUUAGCACGUCUGAAAGUUUUUUUAGGGACUCACCAUAUUGAAGAUAAUAAACGUUUCCGACAUGUAUCUGAUAAAAAUUUGUCCAAAAAAAAAUUCAUCAUCCUUCAAUAAAUUUUAAUUCACACUGUGAUCGACUGUAACUAACCUCUUUCAGGUGACGUGGGCAAUUGUAUUAAAGAUCAAGUUCAAGCUAGUGUAUGGUCAGCAGAUUUCGCCAUCGUUUUCUCUCCUGAAUGCAAUAAGGAUGGCAGUUUCAGAAGGGUACAGUGCCAAAAGUCGACUGGAUACUGUUGGUGUGUCGAUCGCAGAGGAAAUGAACUCUGGGGAACGAGGAUCAAAGGGCAACCAGACUGUAGCAAUAUCAGUGAGUGAUCUCGAGGCCGUGUUGGAAAGACAUGAAAAUUUAUUUUAAUAUUAAGAUGAAAUCUUCGUUCUAAAAAAUUUGCGGUAUCAAUAUGGAUGUGAACAGCAAUACGGGCGUAUGAAAGUAAAAACAUAACUUCAAGUUAAGUCGAGUGUGAUGUGCAUUUAAGAGCACAUAAAGUGGCCCAAUAACACGUUCAACAUUUCCGUACUAAUCUUUUCCAUAAUGUUCAUACUGCUUGAGAAAAAGAAAGUUUGCUUAACAUCUUUCUGUGUUUAUCAACAUAGGUGGAAAGAAAACAACCUGCGAAAUGGAAAGCAGUGAAGGUUCGCAAGUUCAGCAGACUCGUUUCCAGAUCACUCGCUUUAUCCCCCUCUGUGAUAGAUAUGGUGGUUACCGAAAUGUCCAGUGUGGACCUCUCGGGGAAUGUUGGUGUGUGGAUCGAUACGGUAAUGAGUUGCCAAGAACAAAGACCAAAGGAGUGCCUCACUGUGGAGCAGAUGGUUAGUCCUGCCGAAAAUUAUACUUAUUCACUUUGCCGCUUUUGGAUGAAAUUAGCGAGAAACUAUGUAGCUAAAUUUAUGAAAGGUGCUCGCAAUAACGAAAAAAUAUAUGAAUUUGUCGCCAGUGUAAGAAAAUGAGACAUUGGCAUUCCAUUGUUCCGGACAUAUUCGAUAUAUCUAUAUACAUUUAAUCUCUUUUUAUUUCACCACAAAUAGUUGGACUUAAGCGUUGUCAAAAAGAAAGGCUUGCUGCAUUAGCAUUAAGAGGAACAGCCCCGCCUGGUGCAUUUGUACCACAAUGUAAAAACGAUGGCGAGUUCAAACCAGUCCAGUGUGCACCAACUGGGGACGAGUGUUGGUGUGUAGAUCACAAUGGCAGACCUAUUCCAAGGACGACGUCAACCGGCCAACUGAGCUGUGCCGACGCAGGUUUGUCUGAUAAGAAUACUUAAUCUUGAGUACAUCCAGGUAAAAGAAAAUUCAAAAGAAUAUAAUGUUCGGUCAACAAUAUUAAAAAAGGUAGAAUCGACAAGUGUGAGCCUACUUCCCCUAAAUUCAGUCUUUCCUUGUCGAACCGCUUAAAAUAAAACAUGUAAUUAAAGAAACGGGUUGUGCGUGGCCAAAUCCUUGAUCGAUAUGCGUUACUUACCCAAAAUUCAGCUCAUAUUUUCCUUAAAAAUCCUGCACCGAGUGCCUCAGGCCUGAGAGGAAAAUACUGCAAACUAGAUAGCAGUGAGUAUCACUAAUUUCAAGGUAUCAUGUCCUAUUCUCUAUACAGCCGGUCUAACCGAAUGUCAGCUCGAUAGACUGCAUGCAGCUGGCAGACCUGGCGAAUUUCAACCUGAGUGCACUAGCGAUGGACAGUAUAAACCUGUGCAAUGUGAAAACGGUAUCUGUUGGUGCGUGGAUCGGUUUGGUAAUGAAAUUUAUGGAACGAAGACUUAUGGAGCUCCCCAAUCAAGGUGCCCCAACAAAUCAUCGCCAGGUAUUUGGUACUUUUUAUUCAACACAGGCUCUUUUCACAGAUUAUUGCUUUCAAAUUGUACCAUUAUUCUGCUAAGGAAAUAAAAGAGCCUUGAAAUUAAGAACGGCCUAGGAAGACAUUGGGGCUUUGUUUCAGCCAGGUUGAUGGAAGACAAAAGUGCUUUAGGGUUAUCAAGGAGAACUGAUCGUAUAUUCGACCUCGCUACAUUUAGGUGUAAAGACUAAUUGCCAGAAGGAGAGGCAAGUAAGACAACUGCAACCAGUGGUUUCAAUGAAGAUGCCUCUUCAGUUCCUAAGACCAAGUGGCCCGUGGUGGUCUAUGGUGAGGUGCGAUGGUAACGGGGGCUACCGCUCUGUACAGUGUCACCGAGGCACUCCGGUGUGUUGGUGUGUCGAUAAGUAUGGACGAGAGAUACCCAGGACUAGAUUAUCGGGAAAGCCUACAUGUGGACCAACGGGUACGUAUCUAACCCUGGAGAAGACUAUAAAGUCAACCCAUGUCUGUGAUAAUUAACUGCAUUGUAAUCAUAUCACAUUUGCAGCUGGGCUCACAAUGUGUCAAAAAGAACGUCAAGCAGCUCUGGGUUGGAGAGGAAUACCAGCAGUUGGAAAAUUCGUUCCAUCGUGUCGACCAGAUGGAGAAUACCAGGUUGUUCAAUGUAGCCCAUCGAGUGGUUUCUGCUGGUGCGUUGAUAAGAAUGGAAUUGAGAAACAGGGUACUAGAACUCGUGGCGCACCAAGUUGCGGGCUAAUGGGUUAGUACAUUUUAGACCGUUUCUGUACAUUCAGCUGAUUCUCCAUUUGAUGUAUUGGAUAUUUGUUCAUUUGUUUUCUUAGCUCACUUGACAAGGUGUCAGAAAGAACGAAGAACAGCAUUAGGUCCAUUAGAAAGUGCACCACCUGGACGAUUUGCCCCAGAAUGUGACAGUAAGGGCCAGUACAUCAGUGUACAGUGCUACACUGCAACUGGCUACUGCUGGUGCGUAGACUCGCUAGGUCGAGAAGUUCCUGGAACAAGGAAAAAGGGAAGAGUCAGCUGCCCAGAUAAAGGUUGUUGUUUUCAUUUUGUAUUCAUUGCUAGAGCUUCACUAAAUUUAGGGUUUUUGGUAAAAGAAAAGAAAGCUUUUAUCAAAGGUCCUUCUAGUGCACUGCUUUAUGUAAUACUGGGCUAAAGCUUAACCCAUGUUUCAUGAUUUUCGAGGUGACGUUUAGCUCCUCUCCUGUUCCUGUAAGAAGGCAAGAGCGCACUGAAGGACGACUGAAAAUGCCAUUUUUAGAGUCGUUAACAUACUUUAAAUUUGAAUGUUACCUUGACGGUUUCUGUUUUUUAAACAACUCUAAAAUUAUCUUCAUCAACCCUAUUCCGUUUUCUUGCAGUGGAGCGCAAUAAUUGCAAUUACGAAAGAGAAAGGUUGGUUAAAUCUGGAAUACCAGACGUACCAUUACCUGAUUGCGAUCGUCAAGGAAGUUAUAAGAAAGUGCAAUGCACCUACCUUUGGCAGUCUAAUGAAUGUUGGUGUGCCGACAGCAAAGGAAAUGCUUAUUGGAAUACGUCUGUGAUGAACGAAAUUCCUGACUGUUCCGAAGGAGGUACUCAGUAAUCAGAUUGUUCAGAUUACAAUUCUGAUUGACAAUAAUAUAUUUCACCAAUUUGAUAAUGAAAUUUCUCCAUUUACAAAGCUUGCCAAGUUUCACGAUUAAAGCCUGCUCCAAGUGACUGCUACGCGAUUUCAUAUGGUACUCUGAAAAAUGCCAUAAGUUAAACAUAACUGCGGUAUUUUGUGACUAAGCAAAAAUUAUAUGGUAAGGUCGAAGAUAAAUUUUAGGAGUAUAUUUGAAAGAUAAUUUUUAGACAUUCUUAAAACAAUCGCACAACUAACGUCCUUGAAUUACAUUGUAGUGCUGAGCAAGCUCCGAACUGAAUGCCAAAAGAAAAGAGACGAUGCCCUUAACUUCCGUACAGUGAAUAUCAAUAUCAACAGAGAUGUUCCUCAGUGCAAACCAGAUGGUAGUUACGAUGAUAUUCAGUGCUCAGCGACCACGGGACGAUGUUGGUGUGUGUACUAUAACAAUUUGCCUGUCUUGGGUACUGAAACAGAUGCAAAACCAUACUGUCCACAAACGGGUAAAUAAUUAGAUUUUUUACUGGCUUGGAUUUAUUGACUGGUUGUACUUGAAUACGUGACUCCAGUUCAAAUGAACUGUUAGAUAAAUUUAACUUUACGUGUGGUGAUUUAUGACAUUUUCCAUACGCUCGUAGCGUUUCUCUCAGUUUGUCAAAGGUUCUCACAAAAUAUACAGCUUAAAAAGGUCUUUUGGCAACCGUAACUGCAAAACUUACCCUCAUAUUUAUAUGCGAAUUUUUGUUUGAUUCUUCAAGCUGGGUUAACCCCGUGCUUAGCAGAGCGUAUUAAUGCAGAAGGUUACACUGGUUCAACUCUUCCCGGUCGUUAUUCACCCGACUGUGAUAGAGAUGGUAAUUACAAACCCUUGCAAUGUCACAUUGCCAGUGCUGUCUGUUGGUGCGUUGAUAACCAGGGACAAGAAAUACCAGGUACCAGGGGAAAACGGAGAAAACAAUGUCCAAUACCAGGUAAUUCUUAACAAUUUUUAAUACAUUCCUGCCUUUUACUAUGCUCGACUCUGAGCUAAAGGACUAUGUCUUAUCACUAUUUUCUAUUUACUGGAUCUUUUAAAAAGCUUAUGAGAGUCUUAGAAAAAAGAUUGUGAUUAUUUGAUAAUAUCUAGGCGUCCAACAAACAAAAUGUCAGGAUCAAAGAGAACGAGCCCUCCAAAACGGAGCCCUUGGAAGUUUUAUUCCAAAAUGCACAGAGGAUGGCAGUUUCGAAAAGAUUCAGUGUCACGGCUCGUUUUGUUACUGUGUUGACAAGGAUGGCAAUGAGAUCUCUGGAACCAAAACAAGUCUCCCUGGUACACCUAAUUGCCUUGUUCCAAAACCAACAGAUGAGGGUAGGUGGAGCACUUUGACUGUAUUAAAUUUUAAAAUGUUUUAUUAAGAAUAGCUCAAGUCAAAAUAAUAAGUUUUAUUUUUCCGUGAUAAGGGCUUAUGUUGAGAGCAAAUCAAUACAAACUCCUCUUGGUUCUAGAAACAACAGCGCUUGGAUAUAUUUAGAUUUCUUCAAAUGAAUGCGUUGAGUAACUUUGUCGCCAUCAUCAAUAACGUUUCUUGUAGAUCCAACGAAAAGCUUAUGUAAGGAAAAGUACCGCCAAGCUAUGGAAAAUUACAAUAUUGGCACGUUUGUUCCGCAAUGCAAAUCAGAUGGCCGAUAUGAAGAGGUGCAGUGUGGAGCUGGAUGGGACUAUUGCUGGUGUGUCAAUUCAAUUGGCACAGAAAUCUCUGGAACAAGAAGAAAGGGGUGGCCUCAGUGUGGUAAGACGUGUGCUGUUAGUAAUACAAUUAGUAUCCCUCCUCUUGUAUGGUUUUGAUUUGUAUGGUGAACCAUGCAUGCUUAAGUGUGUCUUAUCAGCUUUUUAGGCUGCCGAACCGACUCUAUUCGCAGCUUAAAGGAAAUAGCUUUCUCUUCUUGAACUCGGCUUGGCGACGAGGCUUUUAUUUACCCAUCGAGGAGACUGUCAUAAUAUAUGGCUGGGGGAAAAUCGGCCUGUCUUUUAACAGCGGACAGCAAUUUACUAAAAAACCUUCAGUGGAAUAGAAGUUUGUAGUACCGUAUCAUGGCACCAGAGAUUUCAUGAAUGCCUGCCGUUUGAAUAAUAGUGAUAAAAAGCUGUCAUUCAAUUGCAGCACCUUCAACUGGAGUAGAUGUUGCAUUUGUCAUCGACUAUGCCUCAACUUCAGACACCAUAGCAAAGUUAUCCACCUUUGUGUCUUCUGUUAUCGAUGGACUGGAUAUUUCUCCAACUGGAGCUAACGUGGCUCUUAUCACUUACGGAACCAAUGCAACAGUAGUUUUCCCAUUCAACGCUCUGCAAGGCCAACAAGUGAAUAGGGAUGAAGUCAAAAUACUGAUGGACACUGCAACUCCGAUGCCAGGCAGACCUCGAAUAGACAGAGCUUUACAACUGGCCGACAAGCAACUGUUCACUACAGAAGCUGGCUCGAGACCAGGAGUACCGAAGGUAUGUCUUUUACUUGAUUAACUUUCCGAAAGAAACUACCCUUAAAGCUUUAGAGAAAGAUUAGGAAAACUUUGAUAUUUUCUCUUUAUUUACAGAGUUAUACUUUGCACAAGAAAAUUAUUUGUUUGAUAGCUAUUCGCUUUGAAUGGAGGGAAUCUCUUAGUGUUUUGGCUGUCAGUGCUCGAGUGAAGAAUUUAGUUUUACCAAAAAAAUUCUAUUAAGUUACAUUAAAGUGAAGAGCAAGAUUCACCCACUGAUGGAUAUAAUGAUGGAUGGAUCGAUUACUCGAUAGGGUUGAUUGAUUGCUUGAUUUUAUUCCCUCUAGUUCCUGAUUUUGGUGUCGCUGAAUACGAAAACCAAAGACCCUGAUCAAACACCGCUCAUCAAAGCAUCGCAAGGAGUCAGGAGUAGGGGUAUUAGAGUUUUCGCAGUCGGAAUCGAGCCCAAUGUCGAUCAACGCGAUUUGGAGGAUACCACAUUCAAGCCAUCUGAUGUCUACAUCAUUCCUUCCGAUAAGUUACCAAGCACAGGGAAAAGAGUAGCUAACACCAUCAAUGGAUUUGUAGAUGAUCCUGGCCGUCAAACUGGUCAGUACUUCAGUCUGUUUUUUUAACGCCUUAGUAAAUACAUCUUCUUUUUAAGAUACCGUUAAGUAAUGGCAAUCGUGUUACUAAAUGUCACUCGGUCGAGAAGCUCAAGCACACAAUUUUAGAAACGUGGCUGAGUCUUUUCCUUCAUAUGUAAAGGACUAACUAUUAAUAUAGAAAGGCCGUGCAAAAUGUCUGUAAUGAUUAAAAUUGACGAAAAGGACGAGUGAAUUCCAAUAAAUUUGAAUUUACAUAAGAUGUAAAAUAAUAAUUUUAGAUGAGCACAGAUAGAACAUUUCCGAAGCACUUCUGACUUAGUCGUGAGCUAAAUUGUUAGUUAAAAGACAACUAAAAUCGUAUUCAAAUGACAGAGUGAAAUAAUUUCCUCAAUCCACAGACCUUACAGCAGCCGCUGAUAUUGGAAUUUUACUUGCGUCCUCUCCACAAACAACACCAACCAAGUGGUCAUCAAUUCUUGAUGAUGUGAACUCUGUGGUGGAUGCAUUUGCGGUAUCAACACGUAGCACUCACUUUUCGGUUGCUACAACGGGCAAGGUUCCUAAGGUGGCCUUAAGGUUUAACACCCUAGAGGGUUCAGACUACAAUUUGAAAGAGGUAAAAAGACGCAUAUCGCAAAUUCCGUAUGAAGAAGUUGAUGACACACGGCUUGACCUGGGACUUCAGGAGGCGGCUGAUGUAAUGUUUACUGAGCGAAGUGGAAUGAGGGUUGAAGCUUCAAAGGUUCGUUCGGUUGUUGUUUGAUUGUCUGUUUGUACUGCAAAGAAAUGUUUCGUUAAAUAGAUUCAAAGGAAUUACGACUCUAAGGUCCAGAAAAUAUGGCCAAAGCCCUCCCACUGCAAACUGUAAUUGGCUCCCUUACCAAAAUUUUGUUUUACAAAACGGACCCAAACACGCUUUUCUUUUCGCUUUCCAAUAAGCUUCAAGCUCCUGUUAUUGGACAUUUUAUUCUAUCGCUUUAUCGAUCAUGUGAGCUUCGCACAGUUUAAGAAUCAUAAAAACUUGUACCUUCCUUUCAAAACAGACGAAUGUUGUAAUAAAAAAGAAGUUCAACAAAAUACACACAAGUAGGCGAAAAAGAUAGUUCCGGCAGUAGAAGUGAUAAUUAAACUGGCAGCACAACGCUUUAUCUUAACUGCUUCAAAACUUUUGUUCCGGGCAGUAAAAACUUAUUGCGACUGUAAUGUGAAGUUAUUACGUCUCCAUUUUAGGAAGAUGUUUUGAUUCAUUUUCCUUUUGAGACCUAAGUUAGUAUAUGUUACCUUUAUUUUUAAACAUAGUUCUUAGUGGUGGUCGCGGAUGGAGACCAGUCAAAGGAUCCCCAAGCAAUUCCUUUGGCCAGUGUGGCUCAAAAGGUGAAAGACAAAGACGUAGAGGUGUUUGCAUUCUCAACAAAACCUAGACGAGAUACCAAUGAGGAUGACCUGAACGUAAUAGCAUCUGGAAAUGAUAAUGUUUAUUUUGUCGCACCCAAUGAUCCAGCGCCUGCCAUUACCACCAAGAUAACACAAAAGGUUAAAAACCUUGUGAGAGGUAAUUAACAAUGAUUUUGAUUUCUGGCUGCUAGUGAAUCACUGCUGUCUUCUUCGGUUUCUUUUUUUCUGAUAUGUUUUAAUGGUAUGUUUUUUAAUUUCCUUUAUGCAAUGCCAUAUAUUUGUCGAGUGCGCUGCGUCAAUAGUUAACUAGCUUCAUAUUUCUUCCCCCUCCUCUACGAGGGAGACCGUUAGAUACGCCUUCAUCUGAGGGGGUACAUUAUAGUGUGUAUAUUCAUAAUGAAUAUGACAGAAAUGUUCACUGUCUACCCUGUAGCUAAAUAUAUAACUUUUGUUUUUAAAUUACGCAGAGCGUAACUAUCCAGUAGACAUAGCCUUUUUGAUUGGAUCAUCAUCCACAACAACACAAGCUCAGUGGAGAUCUACUCUUGAUUUUGUGAAGUCAAUCGCUGACCGAUUCCCCGUGUCUGAAUGGGGAGCCCACAUGGCAUUGAUAUCUUUUGACACUUCACCAAGAGUCGAAUUCGCAUUUAAUGAGCUAAAUGGGCCACAGAUGAAUAACUACGAGGUACGCAGGUUGAUUGACAGAGCCGAAUACAAAAAUGGACCCACAAGGAUUGAUCGCGCCCUAAGGCUUGCAAACACAUAUCUCUUCACUCCUGCGGGAGGAUCACGCAGAAAUGCAGUGAAGGUAGGAACAUACAUUUUUAGAAUAUAAUUGUAGGAGACCUUCUACCCUGUUACAGAGCAUUUCAGGGAGUAAAAGGUGGACGAAUUGUCGGCCUUUUCAACAAAGCGUACUCAAGCUUCAAUUUUACUUAGUAUCCAAUAUUUCGACUCGUCCUCGCUUUUGAUAACAAACAGCAACACACAAACACCUGUGAAGAAGAGCUCAGGAAAGUAAUAAUAAAAAAAAUAGAAUGUUCCCGUGCUGCAGCGCUUUUUAUAGUCAAAUGAAUAGUGAUGAAAAAUAAUACCAAAUCCCUUUAAUUUUCUUCUUCAGAUCUUGUUCAUGAUAACAGACUCCGGACAAGCCCCGGACCAACGACCCUCCAUAAAUCUUAAUCAGGCCUCGCUCCCUCUAAAAAACAAAGGAGUGUGGAUCUAUGCUCUUGGUAUAGGUGACAGAGUUCCCGAAAAAGACUUGAAUGACGUUGUAUCACGACCACAAAAUGUUUUCAGACCGGUUACCUCUACAAAUGACCUCCCACAGAGAAGAGGAACAGUAGUAGAUACGUGGAGGACGUACUUGAGAGGUUCGAACAAGCUAUGUGUAUAUUUUUUAACAAUGGAUAUCCUUGGAAAAUAUAUAAAAAUUUCUCACGUGUGGGAUAACGAUUUCCCUUCGGCCUCGUCUAUAACCUGAUUUCUACUUUUUAUUUGGAAGAUUAUCAUUUUGUUAAGAAUUUCAAAGAAACUUAUUUUAACCUUUUCAUUUUUCCUAAGAUCGCUGGGUCGGUAUAGACAUUGGUUUUGUUGUAGAAGCUUCCGACAAUGUGACACCCCAAAUGUGGAGAUACUUCAAAGACCUCGUAAAGAGAACGGUUGACCGUUAUCACGUUGCACCAAGAGCUGCGAAUAUUGGAAUGAUUACUUUUGGCAACACUGCCUACGAAUGGUUUAACUUCAACACCCUACCUGACGAAAUAUUAAAUAACUAUGAAGUGAAACGUCUCGUGGAUAGAGCCACUAUUCGUGGAGGAACACCCAGAAUUGACCUUGGCCUACAGAUGGCUGAGAUCUCAUUGUUUACCGAAGCAAAAGGCAUGAGGAGAUGGGUUCCGAAGGUGAGGUCUUUGGCAGAAGAAAAAGGCUAUAGUACUCUAUUAACGUAAAAGUGUUCAUGCAUUACUGAGAAAACGUUUCAGAGGACACUGAGGCUGACAUAUUUUCACAUUUUCACACCUUCAGCGAUUGCACAUAUAACUCUAGUUACUGCACCUUUCUCCCCGUACGGGAAAGUAAAGUUGAUUUGCCAACACAAAAAUUUGACGUACCAUGAAAUUCACCUGCAUUAGGUAAAAACAGGCUCCUGGCUGAAACGUACCUUUGUUAUAUUCCAGUUUUUUUCCCUAUAUUUUACCAUUUCAUCGCGCCUUUGUUAUGUUUGAGAAUUUUCUUGAGGAAUAUUCUUAUUUUUUUUGGUAGUUCCUCUUUGUGAUAACGGCGAGUAUACAGUCAAGGUAUCCGGACAGGUAUACACCCCUAGCAACUGCAUCUCAAGGACUGAAGGAUCGAGGAGUGCAGGUGUACGUCCUGGGUGUAGGACCCAAUGUCGAUGAUCAGGAGCAGACUGACAUCGCGUCACGUCCUCAGAAUGUUUACACAUCCCCGCUUGACCGUUUGCCAAGCUUUGGACCAAAACUCUGGAAAAAUUGGAGAGAAUAUAUACGUAACAGAGGUGCCUUUCAGAUUAAACUAGUUUUUCCAUUCGAGGAACAUACAAAGUAUAUAUCAACUAACAUGUAAUCUUUCCUCACCUGUUUAGGUCUUUAUCCUGCAGCAGACGUAGCAUUCCUUCUCGGCUCGUCGCCUCGAACAACACCCCAGACGUGGAACGCAUUCCAGACAUUUGCAAAGACGGUAGUAGACGUUCUUGGCGCAUCACCUGACGGUAUUCAUUACAGCGCUAUUGCGUUUAACUCAGAACCCCGCGUAACAUUCCGAUUCAAUACAAUACAAAGACCCCAAUACACACGGGAUAAUGUCAAACGCCUUAUCGAUGACAUGCGGUACACGAGAGGAAAGACACGCAUCGACAAGGCGAUGGCUCUUGCCAAUACUGUUGUAUUCACAUCUCAGUCUGGCAUGAGAAGAGAUGUCCCACGGGUAAGCUACCAUUAUCAUUUACUUCAGUGGCCUAGACGAUUGUGAAAAUGUUUAAACAGGCACUCUCUGAUAGUUCGAAAAUUAUGUCUUGACAUGAUUACCCCUCAUGAUACCUUAAGUCUUCCAAGAGGAGAAAAGCGUAAAAGUAAAAAUGUGCUAAUUAUGGGAUACUUACUUGAGUCUAUUAAAGGUAGAGAAUAAAGACUCGGAAAGUGUCUACCAAUCAUUUGCAACUGAAGGAAAUUCUGAACACCAGAUGCAAAUUGAGUUCUAUGUUAAUUGUACUAAGGCUGUCGUGUGCAGCAACAUUCCGUUUGAGUUACUGAUCUCUUUCUCUUUGUAAAUAGUUAGCUUUUGAGGUGAAGACAACACCUGCGUACAACAAACAUCUUUGCAUUGCAAAUGUUUGAUCUGCACUUUUCACCCAUAGUUACUCAAAUACAUAAAGGCGUCCCGACGGAAUUCAUCUUCAGUAGCUUUCUUGCCCUCACUCUUACCUUCACAUGUUUACCAUUUGAUCUACUUUUUCGUUUUUGUUUUUCAUUGUUUUGAUCUUGUCAGCUGAUAAUCGUCUCGGUUGAUGGGCCACAAGACAAAGAUAUGAUCUCAUACACUCCUUUGUUCAGAGCAUCACAGCCACUAAGAGACCGAGAUAUCGUCAUUUACGCAGUCGGAGUACGACCUUACAGUCCCGAAAAAGAACUGGAAGACCUUACCUCUGACAGGUCGAGGGUCUUUUUCUACUCUAUAGACGAGCUUCCUAGACGUACUCCGCAAGUUUUGAACAGGUUUUACGAUUACUGGCGAAAUAGACUGCGUCCAAGAGGUAACUACGUUUAGUGUCGUAAUUUACCCCCUCCUCCCCCAGUAAAAAAGGUAAUUGUUUAGUUGGAAUUAAUCCUCCUCUCACCCAGCUGAGUAUGUUAUUUUGCCUUGUUAAUAAAUUAGUUUUCUUGUACUAUACAAAUUAUUUUAUAAGUACCUAAAAAUGAACUAUAAAAAAAUUGUUUGGCGUUUUAAUGUCUUUGUGUAAUGAUCGUUAAGUGUAGAAGAGUGUAUUUAAUAAAAUUCCCAUAAGCUGUGCGCAGUGAAAACAGUGCUGGUUUCAGGAGCUGUUACCGCCAUCAGCAUAUGGGAGAGCAUGGACAUUCUGAUAUUGGAAAAAAAUUGAAUGACGCACAUAGUCUUAGUCAAAGAAAGGUGCUGAAGAAUUCGAAAAUGUUUAAGGAAUGCCGCAGCUAACUCGAGUGUUUUAUCUUUGAGAUACUUUUCUGUUGGAAGAAACUACCAAAGCUUAACACGCAAACGGAUUCAAUUAACACAAGCCUUUUCUUGGUUACAAGUCUAUUAGUUAACGGUAUCCAUUACUUCAGGCUGUGCAAUUCCCUUUAUUAUGAUGAAUCAUGUGUUUAACUUUGCCUAUAGAUCCAACGAACACCAAAUGUAGACAGCAGUACCGCACAGCAUUGAAAAACUAUGUAGUUGGACGGUAUGUACCUCGUUGCAGACCAGAUGGUUCUUUCGAGCCUCUUCAGUGCCAGAGUUCCGUCUGCUUCUGUGUUGAUCGAUAUGGAAAAGAAAUUCCUGGUAGCCGAAAAUCUGCGUAUAGUCCCCCGAACUGCGUGAAAUAUGGUAGGUAUUGAUAAUUAUGCUGUACAGAUAGUGCUAUUAUGUGAAAUCAUCACUAUCUGAAGCAAAGUGACUGUUAACUUAAUAGAAAGUGUUGUUUGAUACAGCUAGUUAAAUAUCAACGUAAAGGUUAUACGUUGAACUGACCGCAGCCGAGAAUUAGGACAAGGUAAAAGCCUGGAAAUAUCGACUUUUUUAGUACUGCUUUCAUGGUUCGUUGAUAAUCAACUUAAAGUUAUCCUUGGAAACAAAUCGUCAAUUCCCACUUGAACGUUACUAUUGCUUCGUGUUCCUUGAUAUCGUAGCAUUACCGACUUCCAAGACACGUCAUUUUCAAGAAUCUCUCUUGUUCACAACGUAGAUAACCAGUUGUCAGAAAUUUACAUUAGAAAUGGAAGGAGUAUAGAAUAUUCCACACAAUUGAAAUUCCCUUAAACAAACAAAAGCGCCAUGGUAGUCGACAAAUAAUCCGAUCAGAACACUGGGAUUCAUUUACAAUUUAUAGUCAACCCACCAACUGAGUGUCAAAAAAAAUACAAGGAAGCCGUGGCUCAGCGUCUGUAUGCUAAAGGUGGAUACGUACCACGAUGUCUGCCAGAUGGAACAUACGAAGAAGUGCAGUGCGGGGGUGGUUACUGCUGGUGUUUGAGUAAGUCCGGAUCAGCUAUAAGCAUCACCAGAGGAUGGCCAUCAUGCGCAACUGGAGGUUAGUUUGAGUAAAGGUUGUAACAAAUGCAGCGGUUGACCUUUUUAACUUGACAUACAGUUCUGCGGCUAACAUUUCUCUUGAAUAUAUGAAAUAAUGUAAAAGAUAGUUAAUUUGAAGCGGACUUAUCACGUCUUUCGGGAAGAUUCGAACCUGAUACUCACUAACUUCGGGGUCGUGUGGUCUACCAACAGGCAACAGCGAAUUUUUUAUUGGUUGGGCUUCAUGCUAGGUUUAUUUGUUACAAGUAUCCCGCUUUCCUUUUUUUAUAUCGUUUUGCCCUGUGAUAUCCACGGAUUUUAUGUAAAACGAUACUUUGUAUUACAGGUAAACCACAGACACCCUGUCAGAGGCAAUACCAGAAAGCUCAUAAAUUCCCUUACAGUGGAACCUACGUCCCUCAUUGUACACCCGCUGGCAAGUACUUCCCUGUUCAGUGCGAAGGAUCUGUAUGCUUCUGUGUAGACGAACAGGGAACGGAACUCAAGAAAACAGCGAAAAUGCUACCAUCGUAUCCAUCGUGUGAUGCAACUUCAGGUAAAAGUUUAUCAAUAGUGUUUAUUUAAGCAUGCAAGCUAUUUUUCUUUUGUGAAUUUCAACGUGAAAGGAAAGGGCUCGUCUUGCUAGCCAAAUUAUUUACUUUGUCGAAAAUAGGCCAUUUUCUGUACCAAAAAUGUUACGUAACGACAUUUCUCGUAAAUACGGAUAAUUUGGCUAACUUUACAAUGAAAAUUAUCUUUCGAUAAAUAUCGGAUUACCUCAUUCUGUUACAUUAGGACAGAUUUACAUUUUCCUCAUACUUUUAGACCUUCCUCUGGCACCUUGUGAGCGGGAGAGAAAGUCGGCAACUGAAAAACAUGUCGUUGGCCGAUGGGUACCACAGUGUCAAGAGGAUGGUUCCUACUACCCCGUGCAGUGCGCCACAGGUUGGGAUUGUUGGUGUGUCGAUGACAAUGGCAGAGAAAUUCAAGGGUCCAGAAGAAGAGGCUGGCCUGACUGUGAUCAACCUGGUAGGAACUGAACAAACUUGUAAUGCCUCCUAUGUACUUGAUGUUCAUUUGUCUGUGUAAGCACUGAAGAUUUAGUGUAUUCAAUUUUGUUAUCCAUUUUUUUUUAGUAAAGAGACAGCCUGAAUGUCGACGACACUUCAAAGCAGCUUUACUCCGCCUUCUCCCAGGAAGAUUUGUCCCUCGUUGCAAAGCAGAUGGCAGCUAUGAUCCCACCCAAUGCGCUGGCUCUGUAUGUCUUUGUGUGGAUAGCCGUGGUAUAGCAAUCCCAGGAACGUCAAAAGCACGUUUCCAACAACAAAACUGCGAAUCACAAGGUAAAGAUCGUUCUUUUGCAACUACAAAAGAUUUUAAUUUGAUUAUUUUUGGAAGAAAAUAGAUUACUCUCAUAUUUUAAACAUUUGGAAUGCUCCUCAGGAUGGAGAUUGACAACAUGCCAGCGACACUUCCAACAAGCCUCUCGCUCUUCCUCUUUCUUUAUUCCGAAGUGCCGCCACGAUGGUCGUUACAAAGAUGUUCAAUGUUAUGGAAGUACAUGCUUCUGUGUUGGCAGAAAUGGUUUGGAUUUAGGUCUCAAAAGAACUUUGUUACCUCAGCUUCCAACCUGUCCACUCACACCUGGUAAGGAGAUAAAGUUUUUAUCAGGAUCAGGCGCACUGCAGGUUUUUAUACGCUAAUUUUACCCCAAGGUAGUCUUUCGCCCAAUGGUUAAAUUUUUCCUAACCUGGAAAGCUAAACAGAUGCUCAUUGUAGUUUGAGAGAGGCAAUAACUCUUCCAUAACAAUGCCUUAUGAAAGAAAAGCGUCUUGGUCGAGAGGAAAAAAAAUUUAGCCUGUUCUGGGGAGAAACUCUCUUGAUGUAGUAUCCAGAAAGAGUGCAAGGGGCAGAAUGCUCAAACGGCAAGAAUGUCUAACGGUUGCCAAAAUUGAAUCUAAUUGCAAAUUCACACUAUUUUUUCCCUAGAUCGUCUUUAAGUCACAAAAAAACUUGAAAACGAGAGCAAACUGAAACAUUGCGCGCUAUCUGUGUCCUCGUUCAUCGUUCGCGCCUAUGGAGCUGAUUUAUUAAAUAAUUUGGAUUAAGUUCAAAAGAGUGCAUGGCUAGGCAGCCUUCAAGCUAUUCAACUUUUUUGCUUUCUUAAUUUUUCUUCCUAAGUCUUUGUAUUUUAAUUUUAAGAUUCAGAUCCUCCAAGCAGACCCCUGACACCUUGCGAAAGGCAGCGAAAUGCGGCCCAGCGCUCGCCAGAUACAUUCGCACCUUUUUGCACAUCGGACGGAUCUUUUGAUUCAGUCCAGUGCAGAGGGUUGAUGUGUUACUGCGUGGAUAGUAGCGGAAAGACCAUAGAAGGAACGGACAUUCCUCGCCCUUAUCGACCGGACUGUUAUGGUUAGUUUUACGGACAUGAGAAGAGAAUUACAAUAAUUAUUUCGAAAAUAGUGAAAUAACAUGUAAGACGAGAUAUAAAAGUCCCUUGUUCGUUCAGUUCCAAAGCACAAGAGUAGGGAGUUAACACAAAGUUUUUUGCAUUAACCAAGGCUCAAUUCUACACACUGGAAUCAUAAAGAGAUUCAGUUCCAGAGGCUUUAUAAGUACAAGCACUAUCGAAAAGUUAAACAUAAAAUUGAAAGUCGGAAUAACUUAUGAUUGUAGGACCCUCCUUUGACUUUUACAUAGAGCUAAAUGUAAGUAAGCAAGUAAGUGACAAACUCAUUUUUGGAGGGUGACGCACAACGGUAUAAGCUGAUGAACUAGUGGUCCUCUUUCCCAAACGAUUUAAUAAAAGAGUUAAUCAAGAAUAAUCAAGUUGAAAACUGAUACCUAUAGCUCAUCUUGUGCAUGCUUCUUGUUUGAAUUGUUGACUCACUAGGUCCCAAGCCUAGUAAGUGCCAGGAAGCUUACCUCUCUGCACUGAGAAGCUACUUACCAGGUCGUUUCCUUCCACGUUGUACGAGCGAUGGCAAAUUUGAGCCUGUGCAGCUGUUCGGACCAGACGCUUAUUGCGUGGACGCGGAAGGCAAUGAAAUACCUGGAACCAGAGUAAUUAGACCAUUCAAACCAAACUGUUUCGCUGGUAAGUUUACUAUGUUUUAAUUUUCCAACUGGAUAAUUGCGACUUAUCAUUUAUCUCAAAUUGUAAACUAUUAUUUUAGAUAAACCUGGUCGAUGUCCAGCGCCAUGGCUGGGACUUGAUGGCAAAUGUGACAAAAUGGGUGACCUGUGUCAAAGAGACAAUGGAUGCCCAGAUGACCAGAAAUGCUGUUUUAAUGGCUGCCAAAAUGAAUGUGUUCCCAAGGACCCCAACGAAAAAUAUGGUAAAUAAAAGAUAUCCUUAUUUUUCAUUUUACAUUUUGUUAGCAGCUUAUUGGCGAUAUCAAACACACGUGAAAAAAUAUCGUAUUUUUUCACGAGUGUUGUUACAGCUGAAAAUCCUUGUAUAUCACUGUAUAUAUAUAUGUAUAUGUAUAUGUGUGUAUAUAUAUAUAUAUAUAUAUAUAUAUAUAUAUAUAUAUAUAUAUAUAUGUACACAUGUACACACACACACACACACACACACACACACAUACAUAUACAGUACGGUUCGAUCAAGCCAUAAGAGAAAAGAACCUAUCAGGAAGCUCGGAUUUACCUCAGGACUACCUUGCCAUAUAACGAAUUGUUACAUUACUACGUUAUUAUUACUGAUAUUGUUGGGCUAAAUACCUGUGUGAUACAGUGAAGACUUGACACCAGAUAUGGUUUUAACACUUUUACGGUGUGAUCAAACCAACAGAAAGAACAAAAAAUCCAACUACUUUUUUUAAGAAACGUGUCAUAACUCUUCCCUUCGAGCCACUCCUGCAGGCAAUAUAAUUGUUAUCCUUUAAAAACUCACUUAAGCCCAUCAAAGACUAAAACUUAGCUUACCACUGACACAAACUCACUUUUCACUUCAAAUGUUCGUCAAAAUGCAGAAUCCUUAAAGUAUAUCACAAUCGCUCUCUUUAAAUAUAACUUUCUAGGCAGUCGGUCUUUAUCGACAACAGCAACCACCACUCAUAUAUGACUGAUUCAAUGAAUUUAUUUACAACGUAUUCUAGAACAUUCUGGAAGCCUACCACCCAACUAUUCUUGUCGAAUUGCAUCAUAAUUACGUAACCUUAUAAUAUGUUCAAGAAAGUUCCAAGUUAUGACAAAGUUCGACUAUCGAUGUGACGUAACUAGGCAUUCAAAACUUUUCAGAAAUUUCCACUGAACGUAACAACAGCUUCGCAAAAAACAUGAUUCUGGACAAAGUUUAAAUUUAUGUUUGUAAUUGUUAAGGAAUACAGGUCUUGUACUCAACGCCAUCCUGUAACAGUUUAAAACAUUAAGUAUAAUUAUACUGUCGAUAACGUAACUUCCCCAAUUGAUCUUUUUCAAUCUUAUCAUCUGAAGCCACAAGUUAUUCUUUUUCGCCCAAAAGGUGGUAUUUGUCCAAUUCCAAUGGAUGUCACGUUCAUUAUUGACUCGUCUGGAAGUUUGGGCCGCAGAAACUGGCUCCUUGUGCUCAGUUUUGUUCAAUCAAUAGUUCGACUCUUUGGCGUGUCACCAUCCGGAACCCAUGUCGCCCUUAUUCCAUUCAGUACUGACGCGAAGGCGGUUCUUAAAUUCAAUACAUUAUCUGGAUCCCUUCUCAACGUCGCAGAGGUGAACAGACAAGUUGCUGGCCUCCGUUGGCAGAGAGGUUUCACUCGGAUUGAUAAAGCAAUGGAAUUGGCGGACAAGGAAGUGUUAACUUACGCUGCCGGCAUGCGGAAUGUACCAAGGGUAAAAUUACCUCAAUAGCAAUCCUUUUCAAAAUACAUACCGUCUUUACUAAAAAGAAGCGCUAACGCUCCAACAAGCCCCUCCCCCGCCAAAAUAUCAAACAAGUGCCUCCCCCCCCUCCACUCCUUCGAAUAAGCGUCCCAGAGUUAAGGCCACUUUAUUUAUAACUUUUUUUAAGUUUUAACCACAGUGGAAUCAGUACAGGAGAAUAGUUUCUUUUCCGUUAAAUCAUUUCCAGUUAUGUCUAUCUUCGCAUACUUGCUCUUCUUUAAAUUUUUCGUCCUAUUGCCGCGUUCUUAGUAAAUGCCAAAAACUUACCAGGAAAAACUAGACUGUUCUUUUUGUCUCAGAAGAUCAUAAAUUUCUACCUAAAGAAAAUUAUUCGGAUGCGUUUUAAUGAAAACAAUUGAUAAUGAAUGAGUCGAAAUUUUAAAUGAGCACCUGGACGCUUAUUCGAGGAAUACGUACCUUUAUACAAUAAUGACUAAAACUUGGGAGGAACAUUCCGUGGUGUAUUUGAACCUUCCGGGUUUGGAUAGUCAGGCUACCGCUUGUCCAACUGUAGGUGACAAUGACUAAAAUUCGGACUUAUAGUCAAGUGUGUGGGGCAUAUUUCGUUAGACUACAAAGUACAGAUUCAACUGGAUUCAACUGGACAUUGUACGAUUCGUUCUUUUUCCUCUUUUCAUUUUCUCUCUCUCUUUCCUCCCUUUUCUCUCUCUUCACUCCUUUUCCAAUCUUUCUCCCAUUCAUUUCUUCCCUUAAACCUAUAGCCUGUUUUGGUAAUCACGGAUGGAAAGCAGACGACUGACAGAGGACCGUACACUCCACUUCAACUUGUCUCGUCACGCCUUCGGAACAAGGGAGCAGCUGUGUUCGCUUUGGGUAUUGGUCUUAGCGUUGACAGUUCAGAACUUGAACAAAUCGCUUCUAGUCCUGAAAACGUCAUCACAAUCGAUUCUUUCGAGGAUUUGACAGACAAAAUUAAGGAUUUCAGGGAUGGCUUCUGUAAAGGUAGACUUCACACUUGUCUUGUCUUUGUUUCCUGAUCUACUGUUGACGCUGAAAAAUUAUACAUGUACAGCCUUUCAUCUCUUUAACAAGAGUGAACUGUUUUAAUUUCACAUACAUGCAGCAGUACCAAAAGUCGUUCCCCACCGUUAAACGCCCUGAAGUUGCCUUGGUAUCACGAUGUGGUAUCUAAUUAUCUAAAAUCGGCAUUUUCAUGAUGAUUACAAUAAGUAUGAUAGACAUCCUCUUUGUCGCCUCUUAAAGAUACAAAGCCUAAGUGCAACACGCUGAUAUUUUUACUUAAUUUGCGACCAAAGGAAGAAAAAGUCAAGAAGUUACAAGAAACCUAUAUAUCCUAUCUGUCAAAUAGGAUUUUUUUAAAAAUGAUGCCGACAAGUCGGCAAGUUUUUUUUUUUUUUGAAGGUACUCAUCAAAUAUUGCUUUCUCCUUCAGCACCACCCCCGGCUACAACAACUGCACCACCUAUCACCACGCCGCCAGGUAUGAGCACAUUGAAGCCUAAAUCCUUUCAUUCCCUAGACUGAUAUCAUUAUCAAUUCUCCCCUCUGUCCACGUUUUGUAUUUUAGCUAUGCAAGUUAGUUUUCUAAUCAUAGUCAUUCAUUAAUCCGCAAUUUACACAAAUGCCUUCCAUAUAUUGACAGUCAUUCAAACGAUAGGACUUCGAUACUUUUUUUUUGCUCUUACUUUUUUCGCCUUUGACUAAAUAGUUGACAAUUUUGUAGGAAGAAAUUAAUUUCCUCUCAUUCCUGGACGUGAAAAAAUUAAAACCAUUAAAUUUCCGGCACGAACCUUGUAAAACUUUUUCUAAACAGAUCCAUGCACGACUGUUGGCUGUAAGGCGCCUUACAACAUCGGUUGUAAAAAUGUGAACAACACGGCUGAGUGCAUCUGCCCCAGCUGUCCUGAUACUCUCAGCCCUGUGUGUACAUCAGAUGAUGUUCAGGACCGUUCUGAAUGCUUCAUGAAACGACAAUCGUGUCAAAGUGGUGAUAUGGUGACACUUGCAAAGAACGGACCAUGUGGUAUGUCAAUUAAACCAGCUGAGCCUGGAAGUCUUUAGAAACAUUGAGUUACGAGGCAGACUUCUCGUCAAUUACCAAGUGAGAUUCAUUAGCUUUUUCCGCUCAUGAUUGAAUUCAAUCGAGCUACCGUUUUUUGUUGUUUCUUUUGUUUUUUUCAGACAAGGAAUGCAGACCAAUCGUAGAUGUAGGAUUUGUCAUUGACUCAUCUGGAAGCAUUGGACGUAGAAACUGGGCAAGAAUGAAGAGAUUCCUCAAAGCAAUAGUCAGCAAACUUGACGUCAGUCCUUCCUAUACACACAUAUCAGCUGUUGCCUACAGCAACAAUCCUGUGGUGGUGUAUCGGUUUAACAAUCGCCAAGCAACAGAUAGCAUCAACAACGCGUUUGACGGUAUGCGUUGGCAGCGCGGCUUUACUUACACGGACAAAGCUCUUUUGCUUGCGGACAGUGACUUGUACAAACCUUCCAACGGCAUGAGACCAAACGUUGCUAAGGUAAGAGCUUUCCUCCAAUAGAGACUGUUAGUAGGCAGUGUUCCUUGACUAUAGGUUUCUUUUUUUGCAAUGGUCACUUGCUAAUAUUUCUUAUGUUGAUCUAUGGACGUGGGAUAGUAACAGACCAUUGUUUACACCAUCUCCUUUUAUUUAGAUCUCCUUGAUUCUUUGUCUGUCAGGUUUUGAUCGUCAUCACUGAUGGAGCACAGACAACAACCAAAGCAUACACUCCGCUGCCAAAAGCAUCUGCAGGUGUAAAGAGCAAAGGAGUAGCAGUCUAUGCUAUUGGAGUUGGCAAGGGAGUAAACGAGGCAGAGCUUAGAGAAAUUGCAUCCAGCCAAGAAAAUGUCUUUGUAUCAGCCUCUUUCAAGGAACUCCAUAACCUUGCAGUAGAAAUACGGAAGAGACUCUGCGACGGUAAGUAUUGCUAUUUUUUACUGAGUAUAUUUGGACAAUCGCUGAUAAAAAUACACUAAGCCUCUUUGCAAGUAAUCAACGAACACAAUUGUAGCCUUGUGACUUGUUUUUCUAGCCCUGUUAUUUCUUUUAUUUCUCUUUUAGUACUACCUCCAUUAACAACACCGACACCACUGCCAACACCUGCACGUAAGUAAACUCAAACGGCAAACAUGUCAUUUAACAAUGAAACCUGGUAGGUCUUGUGUCUUUCUAUUUUUUUUAUGCUACUCUUGAUGUUUUUCUCUUCUACUCCGUCAGCGUGCAAGGCCACGGCGGAUGUAGCAUUUAUCGUGGACUCAUCGGGAAGUAUUGGUCGUCGAAGAUGGCCGCUGAUGUUGAAUUUCUUGAAGAACAUCAUUAGUGCCUUCAAUGUUGGUCCGGAUGGUACCCAUGUAGCAGUAAUCGCCUACAGUAACGAUGCCAAGCUUGAAAUAGCCUUCGACUCCGUGUCCGGUUCGCAGAUUACUGCCGAAGAAUAUGGAAAGCGGAUCGAUAAGAUCGCAUUUCAGAGAGGCUUUACAUACAUCGACAAAGGCUUGAAAAUGGCAGAUGAACAAGUGUUUGUAACAAGCGCAGGAAUGAGGCCCAACGUACCACAGGUAUUUAGGCACUGCUUCUUCCAUAAAAGACAUACAACAAAAUUACAUACCGCUCUAGACCUCUCUAUCACUCACAUUCGAUGGUACUGCACCGUCCAGUCCCUUUGGUAUCGCUUUUACUUACCUUAUUCUCCAAAAAGGAAAAAAAGGAUUUAUUUUGUGAAUCCUGUUUCUUUUACUCUCUAAUGGUUUAAUUUCAUUUUGGCCGUAGAUUCAUUUCUCCUCCAACUUGUGUUUUUGUGUAAACUUUUGUUCUGGAUUAGGUUGCCAUCGUCAUAACUGAUGGACAGCAGACAACAACCCAGGCAUAUACACCUUUGGAUCAAGCUUCCAAAGGAAUCAAAGACAAGGGAGUUGAGGUGUUUGCCUUAGGCAUCGGUUCAGGCGUUGACACUAGCCAGCUGCGUCAGAUUGCAAGCUCCAACGACAACGUGUUUACUGCUCCUGGAUUUGAAGAGCUGGAGUCAGUUGUCAAGCCAAUUGUGGAAAAGACAUGUCCAAGUAAGCGUUCUAAUACAUCCAAAAGUAGUCUGGAGAGGAAUAGGUGCUGGAAAAGCGUAUACUAAGGAGAUGAACUACACUUCCGCACGCGUUAAUGACAGUGGUACAAAUUAUAAACCACUUUCAUAAUUAGUUUUAUUUGAAUAAGACUUCUACUCUGGCCCUUUAUACACUACCUACUGUGGGCUUCAACAACUUCAUUCUCCUUCGCUUGUUAUGCAUGGUCUUGACCGCUUUAUUUACUUGAAUGAAAGUCAUGUCACCAUGUCUCGGAAUACCAUCGCGAACGUCGGCUUAAAAACCAAAUCUUUUCCUAUUUUGAAUUCUUCUUCUUACUUGUGAACAUUAAAGUCUGAUUGUUGUUUGCUCUCUAUACCUUCAAACGACGUGUUUUGUGCUGUUUUCCUUUUUCAGCUAAACCUCCUGAUCCAUGCAAGACCAUCAAUUGUUCUGCUCCAUACAGUCUUGGCUGUAGAGUUGUAAACGAUACAGCGGAGUGCAUCUGUCCCGACUGUCCUGACACCGUAAGCCCUGUUUGUACAUCAGAUGACGUCCAGGACCGCUCGGAGUGCCUGAUGAAAAGACAAUCUUGCAUAACUGGAGACCUGGUGACCGUUGCUAAGAGUGGACCUUGCGGUAAGUGGAAUUGAUGCGUAACAAGAACCUCGGCACGGACAAUCAAACGCUAAAGCAAGUUGUCUUCUCCACUUUGAAGAGCUUGUCCUGAUACCUUAGUUUUCGGUUUGCCUUCUAAACCGAAUUUGGGUGUUUUUUAAGUGAUAAAUACACGUGUGCAGAGCCAGAGGCUCUUAACUUUCAAAGCAUCUCUACCUUAUAAUAAGGUUAGUUUUCAAAUGUUUACAGAUAAGGAAUGCAGACCAAUCGCAGAUAUUGGAUUUGUCAUUGACUCGUCUGGAAGCAUUGGACGGAGCAACUGGGGAAGGAUGAAGCGAUUCCUCAAAGCGUUGGUCAGCAAACUUGACGUCAGUCCUUCCUAUACACACAUAUCAGCUGUUGCCUAUAGCAACAAUCCCGAGGUGGUGUAUCGGUUUAACAACCGCCAAGCAACAGAUGACGUCAACAACGCGUUUGACGGUAUGCGUUGGCAGCGCGGCUUUACUUACACGGACAAAGCUCUUUUGCUUGCGGACAGUGAUUUGUACAGGCCUUCCAACGGCAUGAGACCAAACGUUGCAAAGGUAAGAGCUUUCCUCCAACAGAAACUGUUAGUAGGAAAUGUUCCUUGACUAUAGGUUUCUUUUUUGCAAUGGUCACUUGCUAAUAUUUCUUAUGUUGAUCUAUGGCCGUGGGAUACUAACAGCCUAUAAUCUACGCCACCUCCUUUUAUUUAGAUCUCCUUGAUUCUUUGUCCGUCAGGUUUUGAUCGUCAUCACUGAUGGAGCACAGACAACAACCAAAUCAUACACUCCGCUGCCAAAAGCAUCUGCAGGUGUAAAGAGCAAAGGAGUAGCAGUCUAUGCUAUUGGAGUUGGCAAGGGAGUAAACGAGGCAGAGCUUAGAGAAAUUGCAUCCAGCCAAGAUAAUGUCUUUGCAUCAGCCUCUUUCAAGGAACUCCAUAACCUUGCAGUAGAAAUACGGAAGAGACUCUGCGACGGUAAGUAUUGCUAUUUUUUACUGAGUAUAUUUGGACAAUCGCUGAUAAAAAUACACUAAGCCUCUUUGCAAGUAAUCAACGAACACAAUUGUAGCCUUGUGACUUGUUUUUCUAGCCCUGUUUUUUCCUUUUAUUUCUCUUUUAGUACUACCUCCAUUAACAACACCGACACCACUGCCAACACCUGCACGUAAGUAAACUUAAACGGCAAACAUGUCAUUUAACAAUGAAACCUGGUAGGUCUUGUGUCUUUCUAUUUUUUCAUGCUACUCUUGAUGUUUUUCUCUUCUACUCCGUCAGCGUGCAAGGCCACAGCGGAUGUAGCAUUUAUCGUGGACUCAUCGGGAAGUAUUGGUCGUCGAAGAUGGCCGCUGAUGUUGAAUUUCUUGAAGAACAUCAUUAGUGCCUUCAAUGUUGGUCCGGAUGGUACCCAUGUAGCAGUAAUCGCCUACAGUAACGAUGCCAAGCUUGAAAUAGCCUUCGACUCCGUGUCCGGUUCGCAGAUUACUGCCGAAGAAUAUGGAAAGCGGAUCGAUAAGAUCGCAUUUCAGAGAGGCUUUACAUACAUCGACAAAGGCUUGAAAAUGGCAGAUGAACAAGUGUUCGUAACAAGCGCAGGAAUGAGGCCCAACGUACCACAGGUAUUUAGGCACUGCUUCUUCCAUAAAAGACAUACAACAAAAUUGCAUACCCCUCUAGACCUCUCUAUUACUCACAUUCGAUGGUACUGCACCGUCCAGUCCCUUUGGUAUCGCUUUUACUUACCUUAUUCUACAAAAAGUAAAAAAAGGGUUUAUUUUGUGAAUCCUGUUUCUUUUACUCUCUAAUGGUUUAAUUUCAUUUUGGCCGUAGAUUCAUUUCUCCUCCAACUUGUGUUUUUGUGUAAACUUUUGUUCUGGAUUAGGUUGCCAUCGUCAUAACUGAUGGACAGCAGACAACAACCCAGGCAUAUACACCUUUGGAUCAAGCAUCCAAAGGAAUCAAAGACAAGGGAGUUGAGGUGUUUGCCUUAGGCAUCGGUUCAGGCGUUGACACUAGCCAGCUGCGUCAGAUUGCAAGCUCCAACGACAACGUGUUUACUGCUCCUGGAUUUGAAGAGCUGGAGUCAGUUGUCAAGCCAAUUGUGGAAAAGACAUGUCCAAGUAAGCGUUCUAAUACAUCCAAAAGUAGUCUGGAGAGGAAUAGGUGCUGGAAAAGCGUAUACUAAGGAGAUGAACUGCGCUUCCGCACGCGUUAAUGACAGUGAUACAAAUUAUAAACCACUUUUAUAAUCAGUUUUCUUUGAAUAAGACUUCUACUCUGGCCCUUUAUACACUACCUACUGUGGGCUUCAACAACUUCAUUCUCCUUCGCUUGUUAUGCAUGGUCUUGACCGCUUUAUUUACUUGAAUGAAAGUCAUGUCACCAUGUCUCGGAAUACCAUCGCGAACGUCGGCUUAAAAACCAAAUCUUUUCCUAUUUUGAAUUCUUCUUCUUACUUGUGAACAUUAAAGUCUGAUUGUUGUUUGCUCUCUAUACCUUCAAACGACAUGUUUUGUGCUGUUUUCCUUUUUCAGCUAAACCUCCUGAUCCAUGCAAGACCAUCAAUUGUUCUGCUCCAUACAGUCUUGGCUGUAGGGUUGUAAACGAUACAGCGGAGUGCAUCUGUCCCGACUGUCCUGACACCGUAAGCCCUGUUUGUACAUCAGAUGACGUCCAGGACCGUUCGGAGUGCCUGAUGAAAAGACAAUCUUGCAUAACUGGAGACCUGGUGACUGUUGCUAAGAGUGGACCUUGCGGUAAGUGGAAUUGAUACGUAACAAGAACCUCGGCACGGACAAUCAAACGCUAAAGCAAGUUGUCUUCUCCACUUUGAAGAGCUUGUCCUGAUACCGUAGUUUUCGGUUUGCCUUCUAAACCAAAUUUGGGUGUUUUUUAAGUGAUAAAUACACGUGUACAGAGCCAGAGGCUCUUAACUUUCAAAGCAUCUCUACCUUAUAAUAAGGUUAGUUUUCAAAUGUUUACAGAUAAGGAAUGCAGACCAAUCGCAGAUAUUGGAUUUGUCAUUGACUCGUCUGGAAGCAUUGGACGGAGCAACUGGGGAAGGAUGAAGCGAUUCCUCAAAGCGUUGGUCAGCAAACUUGACGUCAGUCCUUCCUAUACACACAUAUCAGCUGUUGCCUAUAGCAACAAUCCCGAGGUGGUGUAUCGGUUUAACAACCGCCAAGCAACAGAUGACGUCAACAACGCGUUUGACGGUAUGCGUUGGCAGCGCGGCUUUACUUACACGGACAAAGCUCUUUUGCUUGCGGACAGUGAUUUGUACAGGCCUUCCAACGGCAUGAGACCAAACGUUGCAAAGGUAAGAGCUUUCCUCCAACAGAAACUGUUAGUAGGCAAUGUUCUUUGACUAUAGGUUUCUUGUUUGCAAUGGUCACUUGCUAAUAUUUCUUAUGUUGAUAUAUGGGCGUGGGAUAGUAACAGACUAUAAUCUACACCACCUCCUUUUAUCUAGAUCUCCUUGAUUCUUUGUCUGUCAGGUUUUGAUCGUCAUCACUGAUGGAGCACAAACAACAACGAAAGCAUACACUCCGCUGCCAAAAGCAUCUGCAGGUGUAAAGAGCAAAGGAGUAGCAGUCUAUGCUAUUGGAGUUGGCAAGGGAGUAAACGAGGCAGAGCUUAGAGAAAUUGCAUCCAGCCAAGAAAAUGUCUUUGUAUCAGCCUCUUUCAAGGAACUCCAUAACCUUGCAGUAGAAAUACGGAAGAGACUCUGCGACGGUAAGUAUUGCUAUUUUUUACUGAGUAUAUUUGGACAAUCGCUGAUAAAAAUACACUAAGCCUCUUUGCAAGUAAUCAACGAACACAAUUGUAGCCUUGUGACUUGUUUUUCUAGCCCUGUUUUUUCCUUUUAUUUCUCUUUUAGUACUACCUCCAUUAACAACACCGACACCACUGCCAACACCUGCACGUAAGUAAACUCAAACGGCAAACAUGUCAUUUAACAAUGAAACCUGGUAGGUCUUGUGUCUUUCUAUUUUUUCAUGCUACUCUUGAUGUUUUUCUCUUCUACUCCGCCAGCGUGCAAGGCCACGGCGGAUGUAGCAUUUAUCGUGGACUCAUCGGGAAGUAUUGGUCGUCGAAGAUGGCCGCUGAUAUUGAAUUUCUUGAAGAACAUCAUUAGUGCCUUCAAUGUUGGUCCAGAUGGUACCCAUGUAGCAGUAAUCGCCUACAGUAACGAUGCCAAGCUUGAAAUAGCCUUCGACUCCGUGUCCGUGGCGCAGAUUACUGUCGAAGAAUAUGGAAAGCGGAUCGAUAAGAUCGCAUUUCAGAGAGGCUUUACAUACAUCGACAAAGGCUUGAAAAUGGCAGAUGAACAAGUGUUUGUAACAAGUGCAGGAAUGAGGCCAAACGUACCACAGGUAUUUAGGCACUGCUUCUUCCAUAAAAGACAUACAACAAAAUUGCAUACCCCUCUACACCUCUCUAUUACUCACAUUUGAUGGUACUGCACCGUCCGGUCCCUUUGGUAUCUCUUUUACUUACCUUAUUCUCCAAAAAGGAAAAAAAGAGUUCAUUUUGUGAAUCCUGUUUCUUUGACUCUCUAAUGGUUUAAUUUCAUUUUGGCCGUAGAUUCAUUUCUCCUCCAACUUGUGUUUUUGUGUAAACUUUUGUUCUGGAUUAGGUUGCCAUCGUCAUAACUGAUGGACAGCAGACAACUACUAAAGCGUAUACACCUUUGGAUCAAGCUUCCAAAGGAAUCAAAGACAAGGGAGUUGAGGUGUUUGCCUUAGGCAUCGGUUCAGGCGUUGACACUAGCCAGCUGCGUCAGAUUGCAAGCUCCAACGACAACGUGUUUACUGCCCCUGGAUUUGAAGAGCUGGAGUCAGUUGUCAAGCCAAUUGUGGAAAAGACAUGUCCAAGUAAGCGUUCUAAUACAUCCAAAAGUAGUCUGGAGAGGAAUAGGUGCUGGAAAAGCGUAUACUUAGGAGAUGAACUACACUUCCGCACGCGUUAAUGACAGUGGUACAAAUUAUAAACCACUUUUAUAAUCAGUUUUAUUUGAAUAAGACUUCUACUCUGGCCCUUUAUACACUACCUACUGUGGGCUUCAACAACUUCAUUCUCCUUCGCUUGUUAUGCAUGGUCUUGACCGCUUUAUUUACUUGAAUGAAAGUCAUGUCACCAUGUCUCGGAAUACCAUCGCGAACGUCGGUUUAAAAACCAAAUCUUUUCCUAUUUUGAAUUCUUCUUCUUACUUGUGAACAUUAAAGUCUGAUUGUUGUUUGCUCUCUAUACCUUCAAACGACAUGUUUUGUGCUGUUUUUCCUUUUUCAGCUAAACCUCCUGAUCCAUGCAAGACCAUCAAUUGUUCUGCUCCAUACAAUCUUGGCUGUAGAGUUGUAAACGAUACAGCGGAGUGCAUCUGUCCCGACUGUCCUGACACCGUAAGCCCUGUUUGUACAUCAGAUGACGUCCAGGACCGUUCGGAGUGCCUGAUGAAAAGACAAUCUUGCAUAACUGGAGACCUGGUGACUGUUGCUAAGAGUGGACCUUGCGGUAAGUGGAAUUGAUGCGUAACAAGAACCUCGGCACGGACAAUCAAACGCUAAAGCAAGUUGUCUUCUCCACUUUGAAGAGCUUGUCCUGAUACCUUAGUUUUCGGUUUGCCUUCUAAACCGAAUUUGGGUGUUUUUUAAGUGAUAAAUACACGUGUGCAGAGCCAGAGGCUCUUAACUUUCAAAGCAUCUCUACCUUAUAAUAAGGUUAGUUUUCAAAUGUUUACAGAUAAGGAAUGCAGACCAAUCGCAGAUAUUGGAUUUGUCAUUGACUCGUCUGGAAGCAUUGGACGGAGCAACUGGGGAAGGAUGAAGCGAUUCCUCAAAGCGUUGGUCAGCAAACUUGACGUCAGUCCUUCCUUUACACACAUAUCAGCUGUUGCCUAUAGCAACAAUCCCGAGGUGGUGUAUCGGUUUAACAACCGCCAAGCAACAGAUGACGUCAACAACGCGUUUGACGGUAUGCGUUGGCAGCGCGGCUUUACUUACACGGACAAAGCUCUUUUGCUUGCGGACAGUGAUUUGUACAGGCCUUCCAACGGCAUGAGACCAAACGUUGCAAAGGUAAGAGCUUUCCUCCAACAGAAACUGUAAGUAGGCAAUGUUCCUUGACUAUAGGUUUCUUUUUUGCAAUGGUCACUUGCUAAUAUUUCUUAUGUUGAUCUAUGGGCGUGGGAUAGUAACAGCCUAUAAUCUACGCCACCUCCUUUUAUUUAGAUCUCCUUGAUUCUUUGUCCGUCAGGUUUUGAUCGUCAUCACUGAUGGAGCACAGACAACAACCAAAGCAUACACUCCGCUGCCAAAAGCAUCUGAAGGUGUAAAGAACAAAGGAGUAGCAGUCUAUGCUAUUGGAGUUGGCAAGGGAGUAAACGAGGCAGAGCUUAGAGAAAUUGCAUCCAGCCAAGAUAAUGUCUUUGUAUCAGCCUCUUUCAAGGAACUCCAUAACCUUGCAGUAGAAAUACGGAAGAGACUCUGCGACUGUAAGUCUUGCUAUUUUUUACUGAGUAUAUUUGGACAAUCGCUGAUAAAAAGACUUUUAAGCCUCUUUGCAAGUAAUCAACGAAAUACAAUUGUAGCUUUGUGACUUCUUUUUCUAGCCCUGUUAUUUCCUUUAUUUCUCUUUUAGUACUGCCUCCAUUAACAACACCGACACCACUGCCAACGCCUGCACGUAAGUAAACUCAAACGGCAAACAUGUCAUUUAACAAUGAAACCUGGUAGGUCUUGUGUCUUUCUAUUUUUUCAUGCUACUCUUGAUGUUUAUCUCUUCUACUCCAUCAGCGUGCAAGGCCACGGCGGAUGUAGCAUUUAUCGUGGACUCAUCGGGAAGUAUUGGUCGUCGAAGAUGGCCGCUGAUGUUGAAUUUCUUGAAGAACAUCAUUAGUGCCUUCAAUGUUGGUCCAGAUGGUACCCAUGUAGCAGUAAUCGCCUACAGUAACGAUGCCAAGCUUGAAAUAGCCUUCGACUCCGUGUCCAGGGCGCAGAUUACUGCCGAAGAAUAUGGAAAGCGGAUCGAUAAGAUCGCAUUUCAGAGAGGCUUUACAUACAUCGACAAAGGCUUAAAAAUGGCAGAUGAACAAGUGUUUGUAACAAGCGCAGGAAUGAGGCCCAACGUACCACAGGUAUUUAAGCACUGCUUCUUCCAUAAAAGACUUACAACAAAAUUGCAUACCGCUCUAGACAUCUCUAUUACUCACAUUCGAUGGUACUGCACCGUCCAGUCCCUUUGGUAUCGCUUUUACUUACCUUAUUCUACAAAAAGUAAAAAAAAGGGUUUAUUCUGUGAAUCCUGUUUAGUUUACUCUCUAAUGGUUUAAUUUCAUUUUGGCUGUAGAUUCAUUUCUCCUCCAACUUGUGUUUUUUUAUAAACUUUUGUCCUGGAUUAGGUUGCCAUCGUCAUAACUGAUGGACAGCAGACCACUACCAAGGCAUAUACACCUUUAGAUCAAGCUUCCAAAGGAAUCAAAGACAAGGGAGUCGAGGUGUUUGCCUUAGGCAUCGGAUCAGGCGUUGACACUAGCCAGCUGCGUCAGAUUGCAAGCUCCAACGACAACGUGUUUACUGCUCCUGGAUUUGACGAGCUGGAGUCUGUUGUCAAGCCAAUUGUUGAAAAGACAUGUCCAAGUAAGCGUUCUAAUAUAUCCAAAAGUAGUCUGGAGAGGAAUAGGUGCAGAAAAAGUUCACACGAAGGAGAUGAUCUGGGCUUCCGCACGCGUUAAUGACAGUGAUACAAAUUAUAAACCACUUUUAUAAUCAGUUUUCUUUGAAUAAGACUUCUACUCUAGCCCUUUAUACACUACCUUCUGUAGGCUUCAAAAACUUCAGUCUCCCUCGCAUGUUAUGCGUGGUCUUAACCGCUUUAUUUACUUGGAUGAACGUCAUGUCACCAUGUCUCAGAAUACCAUCGCGAACGUCGGUUUAAAAACCAAAUCCUUUCCUAUUUUGAAUUCUUCUUCUUAUUCGUGAACAUUAAAGUCUGAUUGUUGUUUGUUCUCUAUACCUUCAAACAACGUGUUUUGUGCUGUUGUACUUUUUCAGCUAAACCUCCUGAUCCAUGCAAGACCAUCAAUUGUUCUGCUCCAUACAGUCUUGGCUGUAGGGUUGUAAACAAUACAGCGGAGUGCAUCUGUCCCGACUGUCCUGACACCGUAAGCCCUGUUUGUACAUCAGAUGACGUCCAGGACCGCUCGGAAUGCCUGAUGAAAAGACAAUCUUGCAUAACUGGAGACCUGGUGACCGUUGCUAAGAGUGGACCUUGCGGUAAGUGGAAUUGAUACGUAACAAGAACCUCGGCACGGACAAUCAAACGCUAAAGCAAGAUGUCUUGUCCACUUUGAAGAGCUUGUCCUGAUACCUUGGUUUUCGGUUUGUAUUCUAAACCGAAUUUGGGUGUUUAUAAAUGAUAAAUACACGUGUGCAGAGCCAGAGGCUCUUAACUUUCAAAGCAUCUCUACUUUGUAAUAAGUGUAGUUUUUCAAAUGUUUACAGAUAAGGAAUGCAGACCAAUCGCAGAUAUUGGAUUUGUCAUUGACUCGUCUGGAAGCAUUGGACGGAGCAACUGGGGAAGGCUGAAGCGAUUCCUCAAAGCGUUGGUCAGCAAACUUGACGUCAGUCCUUCCUUUACACACAUAUCAGCUGUUGCCUAUAGCAACAAUCCCGAGGUGGUGUAUCGGUUUAACAACCGCCAAGCAACAGAUGACGUCAACAACGCGUUUGACGGUAUGCGUUGGCAGCGCGGCUUUACUUACACGGACAAAGCUCUUUUACUUGCGGACAGUGAUUUGUACAGGCCUUCCAACGGCAUGAGACCAAACGUUGCAAAGGUAAGAGCUUUCCUCCAACAGAAACUGUUAGUAGGGAAUAUUCCUUGACUAAAGGUUUCUUUUUUGCAAUGGUCACUUGCUAAUAUUUCUUAUGUUGAUCUAUGGGCGUGGGAUAGUAACAGACUAUAAUCUACACCACCUCCUUUUAUUUAGAUCUCCUUGAUUCUUUGUCUGUCAGGUUUUGAUCGUCAUCACUGAUGGAGCACAGACAACAACCAAAGCAUACACUCCGCUGCCAAAAGCAUCUGCAGGUGUAAAGAGCAAAGGAGUAGCAGUCUAUGCCAUUGGAGUUGGCAAGGGAGUAAACGAGGCAGAGCUUAGAGAAAUUGCAUCCAGCCAAGAUAAUGUCUUUGUAUCAGCCUCUUUCAAGGAACUCCAUAACCUUGCAGUAGAAAUACGGAAGAGACUCUGCGACUGUAAGUCUUGCUAUUUUUUACUGAGUAUAUUUGGACAAUCGCUGAUAAAAAGACUUUUAAGCCUCUUUGCAAGUAAUCAACGAAAUACAAUUGUAGUUUUGUAACUUGUUUUUCUAGCCCUAUUAUUUCCUUUAUUUCUCUUUUAGUACGACCUCCAUUAACAACACCGACACCACUGCCAACGCCUGCACGUAAGUAAACUCAAACGGCAAACAUGUCAUUUAACAAUGAAACCUGGUAGGUCUUGUGUCUUUCUAUUUUUUCAUGCUACUCUUGAUGUUUAUCUCUUCUACUCCGUCAGCGUGCAAGGCCACGGCGGAUGUAGCAUUUAUCGUGGACUCAUCAGGAAGUAUUGGUCGUCGAAGAUGGCCGCUGAUGUUGAAUUUCUUGAAGAACAUCAUUAGUGCCUUCAAUGUUGGUCCAGAUGGUACCCAUGUAGCAGUAAUCGCCUACAGUAACGAUGCCAAGCUUGAAAUAGCCUUCGACUCCGUGUCCGUGGCGCAGAUUACUGCCGAAGAAUAUGGAAAGCGGAUCGAUAAGAUCGCAUUUCAGAGAGGCUUUACAUACAUCGACAAAGGCUUGAAAAUGGCAGAUGAACAAGUGUUUGUAACAAGCGCAGGAAUGAGGCCCAACGUACCACAGGUAUUUAGGCACUGCUUCUUCCAUAAAAGACUUACAACAAAAUUGCAUACCGCUCUAGACCUCUCUAUUACUCACAUUUGAUGGUACUGUACUGUCCAGUCCCUUUGGUAUCGCUUUUACUUACCUUAUUCUUCAAAAAGUAAAAAAAGGGGUUUAUUCUGUGAAUCCUGUUUGUUUUAUUCUCUAAUGGUUUAAUUUCAUUUUGGCCGUAGAUGCAUUUCUCCUCCAACUUGUGUUUUUGUGUAAACUUUUGUCCUGGAUUAGGUUGCCAUCGUCAUAACUGAUGGACAGCAGACAACUACUAAAGCGUAUACACCUUUGGAUCAAGCAUCCAAAGGAAUCAAAGACAAGAGAGUCGAGGUGUUUGCCUUAGGCAUCGGAUCAGGCGUUGACACUAGCCAACUGCGUCAGAUUGCAAGCUCCAACGACAACGUGUUUACUGCUCCUGGAUUUGACGAGCUGGAGUCUGUUGUCAAGCCAAUUGUUGAAAAGACAUGUCCAAGUAAGCGUUCUAAUACAUCCAAAAGUAGUCUGGAGAGGAAUAGGUGCUGGAAAAGCGUAUACGAAGGAGAUGAACUGGGCUUCCGUACGCGUUAAUGACAGUGAUACAAUUUACAAACCACUUUUAUAAUCAGUUUUCUUUGAAUAAGACUUCUACUCUGGCCCUUUAUACACUACCUACUGUGGGCUUCAACAACUUCAUUCUCCUUCGCUUGUUAUGCGUGGUCUUAACCGCUUUAUUUACUUGAAUGAAAGUCAUUUCACCAUGUCUCAGAAUACUAUCGCAAACGUCGGUUUAAAAACCAAAUCUUUUCCUAUUUUGAAUUCUUCUUCUUAUUCGUGAACAUUAAAGUCUGAUUGUUGUUUGCUCUCUAUACCUUCAAACAACGUGUUUUGUGCUGUUGUACUUUUUCAGCUAAACCUCCUGAUCCAUGCAAGACCAUCAAUUGUUCUGCUCCAUACAGUCUUGGCUGUAGGGUUGUAAACGAUACAGCGGAGUGCAUCUGUCCCGACUGUCCUGACACCGUAAGCCCUGUUUGUACAUCAGAUGACGUCCAGGACCGCUCGGAAUGCCUGAUGAAUAGACAAUCUUGCGUAACUGGAGACCUGGUGACUGUUGCUAAGAGUGGACCUUGCGGUAAGUGGAAUUGAUACGUAACAAGAACCUCGGCACGGACAAUCAAACGCUAAAGCAAGAUGUCUUGUCCACUUUGAAGAGCUUGUCCUGAUACCGUAGUUUUCGGUUUGCCUUCGAAACCGAAUUUGGGUGUUUUUUAAGUGAUAAAUACACGUGUACAGAGCCCGAGGCUCUUAACUUUCAAAGCAUCUCUACCUUAUAAUAAGGUUAGUUUUCAAAUGUUUACAGAUAAGGAAUGCAGACCAAUCGCAGAUAUUGGAUUUGUCAUUGACUCGUCUGGAAGCAUUGGACGGAGCAACUGGGGAAGGAUGAAGCGAUUCCUCAAAGCGUUGGUCAGCAAACUUGACGUCAGUCCUUCCUAUACACACAUAUCAGCUGUUGCCUAUAGUAACAAUCCCGAGGUGGUGUAUCGGUUUAACAACCGCCAAGAAACAGAUGACGUCAACAACGCGUUUGACGGUAUGCGUUGGCAGCGCGGCUUUACUUACACGGACAAAGCUCUUUUGCUUGCGGACAGUGAUUUGUACAGGCCUUCCAACGGCAUGAGACCAAACGUUGCAAAGGUAAGAGCUUUCCUCCAACAGAAACUGUUAAAAGGCAAUGUUCCUUGACUAUAGGUUUCUUGUUUUCAAUGGUCACUUGCUAAUAUUUCUUAUGUUGAUCUAUGGGCGUGGGAUAGUAACAGACUAUAGUCUUCACCACCUCCUUUUAUUUAGAUCUCCUUGAUUCUUUGUCUGUCAGGUUUUGAUCGUCAUCACUGAUGGAGCACAGACAACAACCAAAGCAUACACUCCGCUGCCAAAAGCAUCUGCAGGUGUAAAGAGCAAAGGAGUAGCAGUCUAUGCCAUUGGAGUUGGCAAGGGAGUAAACGAGGCAGAGCUUAGAAAAAUUGCAUCCAGCCAAGAAAAUGUCUUUGUAUCAGCCUCUUUCAAGGAACUCCAUAACCUUGCAGUAGAAAUACGGAAGAGACUCUGCGACUGUAAGUCUUGCCAGUCUUAAAUGCGUGUAUUUAGACUAUUGUUAGUAAAGGGUGCCUUAACUGCGUAGCACAACCGCGGUGACACACAACCGAUUUUGCUUUGAAGCUGUCGUUCCAGUUCCAAUGCUAAGAAUGUUCGAAUUUAACCAACUCUUUUUUGUUAUGCUUUAGUACCACCACCAACAACAACACCAACACCACUGCCAACCCCUGCACGUAAGUAAAAAUCAAAAUGUGAACAAUUUCUUUAGCAGGGAUGCCCUUCAAAUUUUUUCUGAUGAAUAUUUUGUCACGCUAUUCCUGUUUCUUUUAUUUCGACUCAGCGUGCAAGGCCACGGCGGAUGUAGCAUUUAUCGUGGACUCAUCGGGAAGUAUUGGUCGUCGAAGAUGGCCGCUGAUGUUGGAGUUCUUGAAGAACAUUAUUAGUGCCUUCAAUGUUGGUCCAGAUGGUACCCAUGUAGCAGUAAUCGCCUACAGUAACGAUGCCAAGCUUGAAAUUGCUUUCGACACAUUGUCUGGGGCACAGAUUACUGCCGAAGAAUAUGGAAAGCGGAUCGAUAAGAUCGCAUUUCAGAGAGGCUUUACAUACAUCGACAAAGGCUUGAAAAUGGCAGAUGAACAAGUGUUUGUGACAAGCGCGGGAAUGAGGCCUGGUGUUCCCAAAGUAAGUUAGAAAAGCAGAAAUAAGUUGUUGUACAAUUUCUAUUGCCUCCAUUACUGGUUCUUGAAACUGGGAAUGGAAAUUACUAUCGCUUUCGAAAGGAGGCGAAUCGAUGUUCGUUAGAGGGCUACCUACUUACUGUGUUGUUAUCAGAGAUUUUGUAAGAUCUGUGUCAGCAGUACACUUAAUCGGGGGUUAGGUUCUAGUUUCUUUAGUAUUUAACUAUUUAAAUACCUUAUUAGCGCGAAAAUUUUAGUUAUGUUGUGAAGUUGGUGUUUUUAAUUUUACUUUCUCGUAUUUAUUAAAACUGUUGUUCUUUUCGCCGUUUGUCUUUCCUUUUGUUGUUGAUUGCCAGCAUUACUCUUGUUAACGUUUGAUAGCUUUAGUUGUAGUCAUAGUUUCUGGUCCAGAUCUGUUUAAGAAUUGAAUAAAUUACAUUUCGAAAUGGCUAUUAGGCAAAUUUACCUGUGCGUCCUCUGCAGAAGAUCUGUGUUGUUGAGCCGUUUUACUCUAUUGAAGAUCAAAAAUUUCUUUACAAGGAAAAUUUGUACGUUGCUUACUUUGUUUUUUCCACAGAUUGCUAUUGUAAUUACGGAUGGCCAACAGACGACAACUAAUCAGUUUACACCGUUGGACAUUGCAUCUCAAGGGAUUAAAGACAAAGGAGUAAAAGUUUUUGCGCUAGGAAUUGGCUCUGGCGUCAAAGUUGAAGAGCUACAAAAGAUUGCAAGCUCUAGCGACGACGUGUUUACUGCUCCUGGAUUCGACGAACUGGUUUCUGUUGUAAAGCCAAUUGUGGAAAAGGCGUGUCCAAGUAAGACACCUUUACCUUAG